GCACUGUUGUCGCCUGUGGAACGGGCGAGCGGCACGGACCGCAGCGACAGCCCACUCCUCAGGGAACUAGGCAGCCCCUCAGGCCCACGGCUGCUGAACCGCGAUGAAGUUCCCUCGUGGUAUGGCCAUAAUCCGUACAUUCGAACCAGCUAUAGGCCAGUCACACCAUCAAUUUCUUGUUGUCUUGGCAGUUUGCUGUACCUCCACAACGAAACUGUGAAUGUUUACUCCCAUCUCAUCCCCGCCAUCAUAGCUUUGUUGGGCAAUGGGAUCCUCUAUGUUUAUUUCUCUACAUCUUUCCCGGAUGCUACGUGGGCCGAUCAGCUUGUUUUUCAUAUUUACUUGACCACCUCGGUCAUUUGUUUUGGUAUCUCAUCCGCAUACCACACUUUCCUUUGUCAUUCUGCCCGUUACACUGAUUUAUGGGGACGAUUGGACUAUGUUGCGAUUGUAUUCCAGAUUCUUGGUUCAUUUAUCUCGGGGAUAUAUAUUGGGUUCUACUGUGAACCACAUCUGCAAAAGCUUUAUUGGUCAAUGAUUGGCAGUCUGGGAUUAUUGACUGGAUUUGUCGUGGUGCAUCCCAAAUUACAGAGCCAAAAGUGGAGAUUAUUGCGGUUAUCAACAUUCGUGGCGACGGGACUUUCGGCAUUUGCUCCUAUCAUCCACGCUGCUAGUAUCUUCCCUUAUGAACAGCUAGAUCAACAAGCCGGAUUACGAUAUUACUAUCUUGAAGGACUUGUCAUCGUGAUUGGGGUCCUGUUUUACGCGACACAUUUCCCGGAGUCGCGAAGACCCGGAAGCUUUGACAUUUGGGGAUCGUCUCACCAGGUAUUCCACAUCUCAGUUGUAAUCGGUGCGAUAAUUCAUCUGUAUGGGAUUCUAGUUGCCUUUCAGUGGAAUUAUGAAAACCAAAGAUUUGCCGAAAUGCUGUCCACUUUUUCCCUUUUUAACACUCUCAGGGAAACUACAUCUAUCGCGUCGGCAAUUGCGAAGGGUCGAUUAGAGAAUGGUAGACGAUACCAAGCUCUAAAGGAAGAUGACUAUUGGUCGGUCGCAACGCUUCAAUGUGGGACACCGGAGGCUAAUCAUGUCAUGGCAUACAGGAGUCCUUCUGAUGAACAGCAAUUUGAGGCUUUUGAGAUUGGUCAUGUGGUGUUUCUCGUGUUAGACCAUGACCGAGAAAACCCUCUUCACCACGCACCUAUCGGCAAGUCUCCUAAGAAUAUUCUGGACAUUGGGACUGGUAAAGGAACAUGGGCUAUUGAUAUGGCAGAUUUGUAUCAAUCUGCAACUGUCCGUGGCGUCGACAUCUUCCCCCCUCCCGUGACAUGGAUGCCACCCAACUGCGUACUAGAAGUAGAUGAUGUCCUCCGUGACUGGACCUGGAGAGAGCCAUUUGACUUCAUCCACAUGCGUCUGAUGCUGGGAGCAUUUACAUCAGAGGGAUGGGAUCAAUUAUACAAACAGUGCUACGACGCUCUUGCCCCAGGCGCCUGGAUCGAACAGAUGGAACUCGAUGUGCGGGUAUAUAGCGACGACGGCACCUUGAAGGAAGGCGGGACUCUAGCUGCAUGGGGAGAUAAUUUCAUCGGCUGCUCCGAGCGAGCGGGUCGUUCCCUCCUAACACAGGAGACAAUGCAAGGCGCAAUGGAGAAGGCCGGGUUUGUUGACGUGCAAGAGAAGCUAUACAAGAUUCCUUUGGGGCCGUGGCCGAGAGAUAAGGUUCUCAAGGAGGUUGGGCAGCUCCAAUACGCCCACUGGGUUACUGCAUUGGAGGGAUGGGCUUUGUGGUUGCUCACUAAGUUUGGUGCCCCCACUCCUUGGUCUCCGGAGGAGGUCCAGGUUUAUUUAUCCGAGGUUCGGGCGGAGCUGAGAAAUCCCCGUACACAUGCUUAUGAAUAUGCUCGUCGAGUCUGGGCUAGGAAGCCUACGGUGGAGGAAGAAAUGGCUAAUUCGCCGAUUAAGACUGAGCCUGAGUUUUAA